GAUGAAUUUCGCCCUUCAAUUACUGUUUCUGAGUAUUAUAACUGUCGGUUUGAUUGCGCUUCCACAUACGUACUGGAUGCUGAGCUUCACCCGGGUGAUCCAAAUAGUCACACAGUUCCAGUAACAGCCAUUCAUAAUGCAAUUCUUUACCGGGCAAUGGAAUUUAAUCGACAUCUAAACAGUGAUAAAACAACCCUAAGCGCGAUAACUCGUGUUCGUCGGAUGGAGGAUUGGACCGCGGCAGAAUGGCAGAAGAUCGAACACACAUUCAACGAAUAUCCAAAGGGCAUACGUUUUGUUGUUUUUAAUCAUGCGGGCAAAGAUGACCAGUACUGGGCCGGCCACUACGGCUCAAAAAUGACCAAAGCUUCAGUUGUUGUAAAUUAUGGAAGCGGAAAUCGAAGAGAAUCGUUCUGA